CUGAUUUAACACACGUACACAUGCUGGAUUGUAAGGCCUGCAUAAAACCAUGAAAUGAAGGAUAGUGAGAGCGAGAGAGCUGGAUUGUGUAUAUCAUGACAUGUCACAAUCCUCCCUGUCCUGCCUUUCACAUUUCCCCCCUAACUCUACCAGGAGGCUCCUCCCCCCGUCUCUGGCUCAGCAGCACUUCCUUAGAAACGAAACUUAGCCACAUUAGCAGCUGUAUGCUUGAAGUAGCGUCUGUGCGCCAUAAACUGAGGAAAAUGGCUGAAGCUUUUGAGAAAGACCAAGAUCCAUUUCGCUGUUCGGUGUGUCUGGACCCAUUAAGGGAUCCAGUCACUAUUCCAUGUGGACACAGUUACUGUAUGAGCUGCAUUCGUGGCUGCUGGGAUCAGGAAGAUCAGAAGGGUGACUACAGCUGUCCGCAGUGCAGAGAGAGAUUCAGCCCAAGGCCUGCUCUGAGGAAAAGUACCAUGUUAGCUGAGCUGAUGGACAAAAUGAAGACGACUGGGAUCCAGGCUGCUCCUUCUGCACCCUGCUAUGCUGGACCAGGAGACGUGGAGUGUGACCUCUGCUCUGAGAGAAAACUCAAGGCUGUCAAAUCCUGUUUGGUGUGUCUGAUAUCUCUCUGUCAAACGCACGUCAAGCCUCACUACAACAUCCCUGCCUUAAAGAAUCACAAGCUGGUCCCAGCCUUCACAGACUUACAGCAGAAGAUCUGCUCUCAGCAUAACAAGCUGAUUGAGGUUUUUUGUUGCACUGAUCAAAAGUGUAUCUGCAUGUUGUGCACAAUGGAUGAGCACAAAGGCCACGACACAGUUUCAGCUGCAGCAGAACGGAAGGAGAGAGAGAAACAGCUGGGGAGGACAAAGGAGGAAUUCCUGCAGAGAAUCCAGGAGAGAGAGACGGAGCUGCGAGAGUUGAGGGAGGCUGUGGCUUCUUAUAAGCACUCUGCACAGGAGGUAGAAGAGCACAGUUAUAGGAUCUUCACUGAGCUGCUGCAGUCCAUUGAGAGAAGACGCUCUGAAGUGAAAGAGCAGAUCAGAGCUCAGCAGAAGGCAGCACUGAAAGAAGCUGAAGACAUUUUGGAGAAACUGGAGCAGGAGAUCGCUGAGCUGAGGAGAAGAAAUGCUCAACUAGAGGAACUCUCGUGUGAGGAGGACCCCGUCCAUUUCAUCCAGAGUUUCCAGGCCCUCCAGCCCUUUGUAUCCAAGACUUCACCUGGCAUCACUCUCAAUACACAACUGCCCUUUGAGGACCUGACGGAAUCUCUCUCUGCUUUGAAAAAUAAAGUGGAAGAACUCUGCAAGCAGGACAUGAUGAAGAUAUCUGGAGAGGUGACAACGACAGAGAUCAUCUUAACCCAGGAGCCACAAACCAGAGAGGAGUUCUUAAAGUAUUCCUGUCAGCUGACACUGGAUCCAAACACGGCACACAGAUCUCUCUCACUGUCUGAGGGGAACAGGAAGGUAACAGUUGGAAAGAAGCAGCCAUAUCCAGAUCAUCCAGACAGAUUUAAAAAAUAUCAUCAGGUGUUGUGUGAACAGGGGUUUUGUGGACGCUUUUACUGGGAGGUCGAGAUGAGUCUGGAGAACAAUACUGCGGUCGAAAUUGCUGUCGCAUACAAAGGCAUAACUGGGGAGAAUGAAAGUGAGUUUGGAAUGGGAAAUGAUGAGUCAUGGUGUUUGGGCUGUAAUACAGUGAAAUGUGCUUUCUACCACAAUGACGAUGAAACUUUUAUCUCCAUCACUCCCAUGUCAAGAAUAGGGGUGUAUGUGGAUCACAGGGCAGGAACUCUGUCCUUCUACAAUGUCUCUGACACAAUGACCCUCCUACACAAAGAACAGAAAACAUUCACUGCACCACUCUAUCCUGGGUUCUCGGUGGAUGAUGGCGCAUCUGUAAAAAUGUGUUCAGAAUAAACAUUUUGUCCAGUUAUAAAUUUAAAACAACAUCACAAAAAGUAAAUGGAUAGAAAAAUUAAACAAGCACUACACAGAGAAAGACAUAAGACUGGGGUAACUUUAAGACAGACCCAUAGCCCUCCUGAGAGAUUUCAUGGAUAUCUGGUGGAAAAGAGAUUGUGUGGGUGCUGCAACUGGGAGGCUGAGUAGAGUCAUGAAAGCACCUGUCGGAUUGGGACAGCUACAGCAUACAGAUAUCCUAGUCUUCAAUCAAUCAAUCAAUCAAUCAAUCAAUCAAUUUGUUUAUUUGAUCAAGAGGGACAGUGUACAUUCAUGAACAUUGAAAUGUAAAUGCACCCAAU